AUGUCUGCACCAACACCCAACGACAUCGAAAUUGCCACAAGGGCUGCAGAUAACUUCACGCGCAUAUACUAUGCAACCUACGACUCCGAUACACGUCUGGCAGAUCUUCCCCAGUUCUACCGCCCAUCAUCCUCCUUGACAUGGAACGGGAAGCCAUUCCAAGGCGCAGACGGCCUUCGACAGCUCAUAGAAACGAUGCCCAUGACAAAACAUGAGGUCCAGUCGUUCGAUUGUCAUCCCAUACCGGGUACACAACCGCCGUCGCUAUUAAUUACUGUCUCUGGAAAUGUCACCCAUGGCAGAGGACCAGCUGGAAAUCCUCCAAAUACACCCAACAGAGCGACUGAUGGUCAUCCCCGUGUCUUCUCUCAGACGUUCAUGCUCGUUCCAGAUUCCGCCGCGCCCCCAACGAAGCCAGGAGAGGUAGCAAAGUACUAUGUGAGCGCGGAUGCUGUACGAUUUGUUGGUUAG